GUUCUGCUCCGAGUCAGAGAGAGAGAGAGAGAGAGAGGAGAAGAAGAAGAAGAAGAUGAUAGAGGUGGUGUUGAACGACAGGCUGGGGAAGAAGGUGAGGGUGAAGUGCAACGACGACGACACGAUCGGAGAUCUGAAGAAAUUGGUGGCGGCCCAGACGGGGACGAGGCCCGACAAGAUCCGUAUCCAGAAGUGGUACACCAUCUACAAAGACCACAUCACCCUCAAGGACUACGAGAUUCAUGACGGCAUGGGCCUCGAGCUCUACUACAAUUAGGGUCUCUCUGCAGAUGAAAAUCAUGCGAUGGAUCCAUUUUAACUGUUGGUGCAGAUAGAAGAUAUAAUAUCAUAUGAAUGCUGGAAUCAACCUGUAAUAACUGUUUUCUCUGCUAUGCAUAAUUGAAAAACAAAUGAUGUCUUGAGCUUGUGUGAUUAGCUUCAUAGAGAUGGUAUUGUAUAUUGAAAUCGCUGUGGGAUUUGUAUAACUGAUCUAUUAUGGCUCAUUUUGGUAAUGCAAACCUUGGAGAAUAGCAGGUAAUGUGUA